CCGAUAACAUUCUCAACAAUAAAAAAAAAUGUAAAUGAGUGCUCUGUGUGGUAGCUUCUCGAGUCUUUGGACUUAUUCUAACUUAUUUCAUGAUAACAUGAAUUAUGAAUAGGUACAGGAACAUUCUAACUGGAGAGGCAGCCACUGCAUUUAAAAAACUUAUCGGUAAAUAUUACUGGGCAGACGAUAACAUUGUGGUGAAGCAUCUGAUCGAAGUACACGAGCAAUUCUGUGGGAAAUGUUGUCCUUUGGAGAACUGUGAUGGAAGUCAACAAGAAUCAGGAGCAGAAAAACUGACUAUCGGCCCCAAGGGAUCAGGAGCAGAGAAACGGACUAUCAGCCCCAAGGGAUCAGGAGCAGAGAAACGGACUAUCAGCCCCAAGGGAUCAGGAGCUGUCAGUAGACAGGGAUCAGGAGCAGAAAAAGUGAUCGUCAGUCAACAGAGAUCAGACACAGCAAAGAAAGAUGAAAGAUCUGAAUACCCCUCACCAUCAGAGGAUCAGGAGAAAUCCAUUGGUUUACAAAUGGAAGUGGAGGAUGGUGCAGAGUCCCUGGAUGAAGACAGCAGUGGGGAAAGUGAACCGGAUAUGGAAUCUGAAACAGAAAUAGAAAGUGAAGAGGAAGUUCAGAUAAAAGAAGAACCAGAUGACUUCCAAGAGAAUUCUAGUGAAAUAGCUAAACUAAAAGGUGCCUCUACAGCAAACAAGGAAGAUUUCUCAUCCCUCAGACCGCAUUCUACUGACAAUCCAAAGUCCACCAAUCAAUUUUCAUUAAGAAUUCAGAUGUCCACACACAGCCAAUCAAAUAAUUCAAAAGACAUUAAGGGUCAUGUGACAAGUCAGCCAGGCACGGUGCGAAAUUCUGGAGAUCAAACUGCAUUAGUUAGCAGCUUAAAUAGUUUGAAUUCCUUGCAGACAAUUAGUGACACAAACUCGGGUGUAAAUGUGGCUCAACCUUUGUACAAGACUGUAGCAGGACAGAUGGGAAUAACCCUUCAAAGUAACAGCAGUCGGACAAAGUCCAAAGAAUCUCAGAAACAUUCUGGUAUCAGUGUAGUCCGGCCAUCUCUUGAUCAACAGCAAACGAUUCAAGUGAAGUCAGAACCAGCAGAGUUUAGUGACCCACAACCCCAAGGGACAGUUUUUACAAGUGUCAACCAAAAUACUUCAUUAGCACAGAAUCUACCACAAAAUAUCAACCCAAGUACUGGGAUUCCAGCAUUAGGAGGAUUCCAGAAUGUGUUGACCACUGGAAAUGUUUUCCCACAAUCCCUGCAUUCUAAUUAUAAUCAGACUAUGCCACAGGGUCCAGUUUCAGUGUUGCCUAGUUUCCAAGCACCACAACCUCCAGCACUGAAUGUAGCACAACCUCCAGCUCUAAAUGUAGCACAACCAUCACUCAGCGUAGCACAACCACAACUCAACAUAGCACAGCCGCAACACAAUGUAGCACAACCACAACUCAAUGUAGCACAACCAACAUUCAACGUAGCACUGAUGAUCAACCCAAUCACUGGAGCACCUAUGUUAGUGUACUCACAAAACGUUCCAAACCCCAGUCAGAAUGUUAACCAACUGAAUCUUGCAGCGAACCCAUUUUCACAAGUGUCAGUUUUGGCUCCAAGUGUACAAAAUCAAAGUACUUCAAGCCAAAGUACUGCAAAUCAAUCUACUACAAUGCAAAGUAGUUUAAGCCUAAGUACCGCAAAUCAAACUACUACAGUACAAAGUGUAGCAAGCAAAAAUACUGCAAUACAAAGUAGUUCAAGCCAAAGUACUUCAGAUAAAACUAGUACUGUACAAAGUACUUCAAGUCAGUAUACCAAGUCAGCAAGACCAAGCGUAAUCAAAAGCCAAAGUACUGUAGUAAGCACUUCAAGCCAAAGCAAGACAACUGAAACUACUGCAAGACAAAGUAUACCAACUCAAAGUACUACAAUACAAAGUACUUCAAUUCAAAGUACUCCAAUACAAAGUACUUCAAGUCAAAGUACACCAAUACAAAGUACUUCGAGUCAAAGUACACCAAUACAAAGUACUUUGAGUCAAAGUACACCAAUACAAAGUUCAACAAGUGAAACAACUGCAAGACAAUGUUUAACAACUCAAAGUACUUCAGCUCACAGAGAGAAGGAAGUAUUGAGCACUCUGAAAGAUCUGUCAACCUCAGCAAAUUCAUCUAAUCCAUCAGAGACUGAAUCUCCAAGUAGUGACACCAGAUCAGCUCAGCAGGAGAAAACUCUAGAACAAACUGAUCCACCAUGUGAGAUGGAUGAAGAGGAUGUGUCACUCUCUGACACUGAUGAUCAACCCUCCACCUCCUCUGUGACAGCUAAGAGAUCAUCACCAACAGCAGACGACAAUACCUCUCAGAUUCAUCCACUCUGUAAACGAUUUAAAAGAACAACGGAGGAUGAAAUGGACAGAUUAUUUAAGGGCAGACAAGCAUGGUCAACUAAAGUGAACACGCAAUGGGGGAUGAGGAUAUUUCAAGAUCAACAGGAGCCAUCUGAUCCUGAUUCAGAACCUCUCUCUGAAGAAGAAUCUUUAAAUAUUUUUGCUCACAUGAUCGCCCAAGAAGUUACGACAUCAGGAGACCAGUCACCACAUGCAAUGGAUUUACAGCAGCCAGGAAGUCCUGAAUCACCUCCUAGUGAAAUGCCGAGUACAAAGUCUAGAUUUCACAAGGUAACCGAGGAGCAGGUUAAAAAAUAUGAGGAAAUGACGCAGUCCAAAAACACCAAGAAACAUACCAAGUGGGGAGUUAAGAUACUACACGAAUGGCAUUUGGAAACGUUUAACCAGGAUAUUGACCUUUCAACUAUAAGCACAGAAGAAUUAGUUGACAAACUUAAAAAGUUCUACUGCGAAGCAAGACCUUGUAAGACACCUAAUGAAGAGUACCAUAAAAAUACUCUUAAAGGCAUACGUGCUGCAAUCAACAGACGACUCUCAGAUCUUGGAAGAGAUAUCGAUAUUGUCAACGACAAGUCAUUCAAAUCAGUAAACAAUUGCCUGGUUGGUCUCUUUAAACAACGGAAAGCAGAGGGGUUAUCACAUUCAACAAAUAAAAGGGAACGUAUCUCAGAACAGGACCUACAAAAACUUUCAGCUUUUCUAGAAACUGCAUAUUCCUCACCAUUUAACCUACGGUGGGCAGUGUGGUACAUUAUAGCCGUUCAUUUUGUAUCUCAUGGAUUUGAGUUUCACAGUCAACUUAAAAUAGACUCGUUUCAGUUCAAAACUGAUGAGGAAGGAAAGACGUAUGCCUGUCUUUCUCAUGAAAUAAAGCCAAAGACGCAGCAAAACAAGCUAGAAAAAUCUCAAGUGAGAACCGACAUACGAAUGUAUGAAACACAAUCCACAGUUUGCCCUGUAAAGUUGCUGAAGUUCUUUCUUUCAAAAACGGUAUCCAAAGCUACAAGUUUUUUUAACAAGUGUGUAAGAGAGUCCCUCACUGACCCUUCUCUUGAUUACUGGUAUUCAAAUAAUCCUUUGAACCAAAAAGGAAUCAUGAGUUUCCUGCCUAAACUUUGCAAAUUUGCUGAAUGUAAUCGCUACACAGGUCAGUGUCUCCGGCUGACGGUUCUCCAGCAUGUGAGGGAUGGCGGUACUGAAGAAGACCUAAUUAUGUGCGGGCACAGGGAGGAGUCUAACCUCAGCAACAGCAAAGAAGGGGCUUCAGAUGAAGAAGAGGGGUGAAUAGGGAAGGGUCUUCAGAUGUAGAGGACUGGUUAAAAAAGGAAAAGGAAUCCAACCACAGUGACAGCAUAGGCAUAGAAGGGACUUCAGAUGUAGAAUAAAGUGAAAACAAGAAAAUGUUUUAAAUAACGAAGGUCGGAUAUUCAGCCUUGGUCAACACUGUGUCUAAGGAGAGAGAAUUUGUAAUGAACAGUACACCUUCCUCAGAUCAUACAUGAAUCGUCCCAAAUAUUCUACCCUGAACCAUUUGAAGAAGUUUUAUGAUAACUGAUUUUCGAUAAAUAUAAUUACGAAUUCAUAAUCAUGUAUAAC